CCUGACAGUUUUUGUCAUGCAACCUGGAUGAAGUGGCCACACAAUCACCCUAAUAUUUAUAUGGAACACCAAGAGAAGAGAUUUUAUAAUGUUCAUCAGUUGCAAAAAUUAAGUAGGUAAAAGUAAGAACAGCUGGAGAUGAAAUCUGUAUUUUGGAUGGUGGUGGUUUUGGAAGUUGCCUUAAUAAUUCAAGAAGCUGGAGGUGCUGACGAAUGUAGCACAGUGACAGCACUGGUAUCAGCAUGCGCCAGCUUCGUGAACUAUGGGACACCAGAUCCAAUUCCAGGUGCACCAUGCUGCGUUGCUAUGAUGACCCUAAGCAAUGUAGCUAGCUCCACUGGUGUCGAGACUCGCCAGUCCGUCUGCAGAUGCAUGAUGGAUCUUAUUACUACUUACAACCCAAAUGCCACUGCCAUUGCCACUCUGCCUGGUUUCUGUGGUGUUUAUCUUGGUUUCACCAUUGACCCUAACACUGAUUGUGAAUACGUCUCAUGAUAAAUUGGUAUCUAGAACGUGAUGCUGAAGAAUGAAUACUUACCUUCACUCUAAUCAACAAGAGCAACCUUAUUAGAGCAGUUUGUAUUUUGUUUUUAAUAUGGUUGUCCAAAGGGAAACUAAACAAAUACUAGUCUUUACGUUGAUGGUCAGUAUGAUCUAUGAUGUGAAUAAUACUUGGAUUGCUCCA